GACGCGCUUGGGACGAUCCUGUGAGGCAGGACACGCCCUCCUCCUCCUCCUCCUCCUCCUCCUGCACUUGUCAAAGGGCACUGAUUGCAAAUUACAUCACAGUCGUACCCAAAGAGGCAAAUAGACGCAGGACAAAGUGUCUUCUGAGCUAACAUACCAACAGGUUCAUUUUUAAAACUCACUUUUUCGUUUGAUGCCACGAUGUUACCUUUCAAGAGAACUUUUGACGGCGAGAGACAGCAGCUGCAGCAGCUCAACAGCAGACUUGCUCAGUAUCUCUCCAGGACGAAGCAACUGGAGCAGGAAAAUGGGCAUCUCAUCUCUGAAAUUAAUAAACUCCGUCAGGUGAGGACGGCGGAACGGGAGCCGAAGUACAAAGAGGAGACGCGAGAACUGAGGAGAAUGGUGGAGCAGCUGUCGUUUGAGAAGUCCCAGGCGGAGAUGGAGAAGGAGAAGCUAUGGCGCGAGUUGCAUAUGGUCCAGUCUCUUUGUAGCGAGCAGACGGAUGUGUGCAGGGACAUCAGUGGCGAACUACAAGGCCGUGGAGUGGAGCUACGCCAGGCUCACAAGACCAACAGUGAACUCCAGCAGCGUUUAGUCCAACUAGAGAAUGAGUAUAAGCGACUGGAUGACGCGCACAGGCAAGAGAAGAUCCGUCUGCAGCGUCAGGUGGAUUCCCGUGUGGUGCCCAUCAUCACACAGACUUACCAGGGGCCUCCGGCGGCCUCUGUGGAGGAGGUACAAGAGUAUGCUCGAGGACUGUCUGAGGGAUGGAUGGAGACUUUUGAGAUGUAUCAGCAGAAGGUGGAUGACAUGGAGCAAUCGAUAAAAGCAGACCAGGCGAAGCUGAGUGACAUGCAGAGGGAGAAGAUGCUGUAUGUGUCAGAGAUGGACAAAUUACGCAGAGAGGCGGAAAAACAGGGCCAGGUUCAAAUGCGCCUUGAGGAACAACUGAUGGACAUGCAGGAGAAAUGCCGAGUCGACUUCAGUGAAUAUCAGAUGAUAAUUGAGCAGCUGGAGCAUGACAGGAACCUGAUGGGCAACACAAUUGAAGAAAAGAUGAAAGAACAUCAGCAUCUUCUGCAGGUUAAGAUGGAUCUGGGCUUGGAGGUGGCUGCCUAUAGGGCUCUCCUGGAAGGUGAGAGGGUGAGUUUCCAAGAUCCUCAGAGGAGGGGUACACACCAUCAAAGAGAAAGAAUAAUAGAUAUCAAGGUGCCUGCCCAGCCAUACACUGCGAGAGCUUCAACUUUGACCUCCAGACAACAGACCAGGUACACACCACCAGCUGCCAACCUGAGAAGAUCUCCUAUGCGUCCCUCUGGAUCCAUAAGUCCCUCAAGGGUCAUCCCUAUUUCAGUUGCAGCUAGAGAUCGGCAUCAGAGUCCUGCAUCCAGAAGGGAUAUGAUCUCAUUCAACAAAGCCCGCGCUUCCUCUUCUGCCCCUGCUUCCGCCACCGUCACCUCAUAUGCUGCCAAAGAUACAUACUCAGGUCAGCGUGAAAGCCUCCCCAGCCGAAAUCUACAGAAAUCAAGAGUUGAUGAGAAAAUUGUGACGAUCAAACAGGUCUCUCAGGGAGAGGACCAACGCAGUCCAAUCAAGUCCUCCAUUACUGAGACCAAAUCAAAGGGAGCGCUGUCUCCGCCAAUGAUGAGCAUCAGCAAGAAAACAGAGGAAGAGAACAAGAGGAAAGUGUCUAAUGGAAAAGAAAAAGAGUAUGUUGAUGGAAGAGAGCUGAGAGAUAAGGGGAAAACAGAGUCUACGAUAGGCCCAAGUGAGAAAAGGGUGUUAGACUCAGUGACUGUGGAGGAGAUUAUAGAGAAGGUGAUGAAACCUGCAGGUUUGGAUGCAAAGGUUUGCUCUUCAGGAGAUUCCAAGGUGAAGUAUCAUGUGGAGAAAUCUGAGCAAGAAGAUGGAACGACUAAGACACAGAUCGUGCUGGAGUCCAAAGUGGAAGAAGAGCUUGACCUUUCAGAAGAAUCAACCUUGAACGAACUACUGAGCCAAGGGGUGAAGACAGUGUCCCUGGAGGACAUUAAGGACACAGCUACCGGCAGCAUGAUCAAGAACCUACUAAGUGGCCUGCAAGGAAGCGGGGACAUGCGAAAUAAGUCUGUAAAUGUAGAAAUCAUUGAGGAACCCGUGGAGACUUACAGUGAUGAAGAGCUUGAGGUUGAAAAGAAGUCCAGACCUACUUUCCAAGAGCCCUCCUCAACGUAUUUCCAAAUUGAGGAGUUAGAAAAUGUCUCUCAAGAUACUCAUUUUCCCAUGAGUGAUGACGAUGCCAAGAAAACCUCCAAGACGGAUACAGAGGGUUGGAAAGUUGGAUCAGUCCAAGUUCAAGAUGUUUCUAGAGAGAGUGAAUACUUCUCCCAUGACCGGGAGCCUCAUGAGUACUUUGUCUCCACACCUGAUGAAAAUCUCUCUGAGUCUGAGGAGGGUAUUCGCAUCACCUCAUAUGGCCAUUACGGUAUGGUAGAUGACCUCUCAGAUGAAAGGUAUUAUCACGAUGAAGUUCUUCCCUCGAAAAGAGUGAUUGUAGAAGAAAGUGACAAACGCAUGUCGAAGUCGGGUGAUGACUCGUUUAUCAAGGAGAGUUUCCCAGAGUGCAUAAUUGAAGAAGAGGUUCGUGUCUCACCAGUGGUCCAGGAAUCGAUGCUCGAGUUCCUGAGAGAAGACUCUUUGGAGCCCAAAGAGCAGCUGAAGGGAGCUCUUGAGAAGCUACAAAGUUCUGUAUCAGGUCCACUGAGGGAAGAGUUGGCCUUCCUCACAAAAGUCAGCAGCGAGAGUCCCGAGAACGUGGCUGUCAAAAAAGUGCAACAGUCAAGUGACAACGGCACCAUGACUAUAGUCGCAGAGCUGAAUGUCUCUCAAUCCCUGGAAGACUCUGGGCUGCUGGAGGCUGAAGAUGAUCUCUCUGAUGAGCAAAUCUUGGCAACUCUCAGAUCCUCUAACCUAGGGCUUGAGAAAGUCCUGCAAGGUGGGGCUGGAGGAGGAUACAGCAUCAGAAUAUCCAAAGAAGAGGGUGUCAAGUAUGAGGAAGAGUUCGAUGAAGGUUCUGAUUCUCAAGUCGUUGAGAAACAUAUUCAGCUGGGGCCAUCAGAGCAGUCCUUCACCUUCCAGAUGGACGGUCAAGGCGGCCACCCUGAGAUGAUUUCUCAGGAGAAAAGAGUUGCAACACUUUACCUUGACAGUCCAACAGAUGAUUAGGCAAGAAUGUAGUCAAUACUCAUCAGUAUAACUUGAUGAUAUGCACAGGUUGUUGCUCAGACAAAGAAGUCACACAUUUGACUUUAAUGCUGUUUGGAGACACUGAACUAAUACUUUAGCUUUUGCAGUAAGCAUCUUGUAUCUUUAACUGUACCUGCUGCUAGGAGUAUGUCACUUACAACAUUGUGCAGCUGAAGAUUGAAGCAGAAUUUAACUACUAAGCAGAAAUGAUAAGAGUCAAAGAAUAUAUCUGGUAUUAUUGUGGCUGUACUACAAGAACAUACAAGCUCUAAUAAAAAAAGGCUCGGGCUGUAACAUCUGAGCAAUGUGGCAACGCUUGUGUUGGUCAAAACUGAUUGAGUGCUGCACAUUUUAAAGCUUGCAGUUGAUCUUCAAAGAGGGUUCAUGUCUCUCUAGAUUUCUCUAUUUUUGUACUAACCUGUGCUGUGCAGCUUAAACAUUCUGCAGUUUACUGCUACGCAAGACAGUGUAGAGUUCUGAGAUGCUGUGCUGCUCUUUGCAGAUGCACUUUUUUGAAGCACUAGUUCAUGAAGUGUACAGAAUGUAUUGUAGCUUGUAAGUGAAGACAGUAAAGUGGGGGAUGAGGAUAAAGAGGGUUAUUGAUCAUGGGGGAUUUAAGAAGUUGUAAUUUCUGAAAACAAAAGUAAUGCAAGUCAAUGAGGCACUUAUUGGAGUGAGGUGUUUCCAGCUCUUUAGACUUUAUGCAUAAGUAGUCUCAAUUACACAUAAAAAAAAACAACUGCUUUGAUAUAACCAACGCUGGGUAACAAUGUCAGUGUCAAAAAUGGUAAGCAUGUUGGUUAAAUGUGUGUCUUUAAUUAGUGUUUCAAUUCCAUACAUGUCCACCUUCCUAACAGUGGACAUUCUGAUGUAAACGUGUUAUUAUGAGAGCUCUAAAACAUUAACAAAGCUACCAAUUUGUAAAGCAAAGUGUAAGACGAAAGAUGGAAACAAGUAGAAGAAUCUCAAUGAAUUGAAAUGAUUCACAGAUAGUUCUGAAAAGACAAGAAGAAAAGAUGUUCCAUCUGGUGUUGCUGUACAGUAUGUGUUGUGUGAUCACCUAUUGCUUGUAGACAUGUGCUUUCUGAUCCGGUGUUGGCUUGAUGGAUUCACCUUUGCUUUAACAUCCAUUAGUUUGUAACGGGCUGUGUCUAUUUUGGUGUUAUCAGCUUACUGUAGUGGCACUGACUGUUCACUCUGGUUUGUUGUGUUGUGUAUUAGUUACAGAGGAAGGAACUACCCACUACCACAACAGCCUAGUUACAUUUUAUGCACAUUUUCUCUCCAAGUGGCAACAAAACUUAAACUCUGCAACAAUUUAGCAAUAUCCUUAAAUGUUAGAUUUUUUGGCACAGUUUUUUUUAAGAUGACUGUGCAGAAAUUCAAAGCUUAUAGUGAAAGGCAUGCUGUUACAAAUGUUUGAUCCUAGAAUUAGCCCUCCUGUUAUGUGGCGGGUCAAUUUGACCCAUUUUAAAGUUAAAAAAUCUAAAGAAAAAUGUUAAAAUAUUUUUUCAGUAUGAAACUUCUUCUGCUUGGCUUAAUUAGCGUAAUCAACAUGUAGAAUAAUUGAAUGAAUUUUCAUAAAAAAAACGAGUGAAUUAUCCUCAUUGAACCAUGAUCUGUAAGAAUUAAAAAACACUAAAUAUUGAUUUAAAUGGUCAGAAAUUGAGUUAAUAAUGAGAUUUAAAAACUGUUUAUUGGGAUUUUUGGGGGGUUCUGACACUUUUGAAUCAUUAAAUAUGACCGGGUCUAAUUGACCAAGGAACAUUAUUGCUGUCCCUAAGAAACGAACAUAACAGGAGGGUUAAAGAAAUGUAACCUCAGUUUAAAAAAAUCUUACAUAAAGCAUAUGUCUGUAUAUGAUCUCCCCUGAAAAUUGCAUUAAUUCAAACAAAAACAUCAAGAAAUCAUUGCUCUUUUUUUUAGCUCAUGAGGAAUCUUUAAUAGGUUACUGUAUGUGUAUGUGCACUGUACUCUGGAUACCAGAGUGCCAAGCAUUAAAAUGAUCACCAUCAGCAUACAGUAAAGCUAUUGAUGUAUAAAGAAUGUUUAAUAAGUCAAGCGUUCAGUAAGUGUGUGUCAUCAUGGUUAACCCAACAGUUUUACUAACAUCAUGAUUUCUACUGACCAAAUGACAUGAUUUCUUUGGUUACAGAAAUACCAGCUCAUAUUUGGAAACUGAUUCACAUCGUACCUUAAUUAAAACCUGUGGUGGGUA